AUGUCCGAAGUCCAGGAUGAGGGUGAGUGCAAGCUUGGCACCCUCUCUCACCAAAACAAUCCAUCACCUCACUUCUCUAGCAAUAGACAAUUCGUUAACCGCCAGUGUGCAUCUCUCAUAGCUUUCCCUGAUUUCGACGCAGACGUUGCUGUGGAGUCAUCCAACAGCUCAGUUGUGGGUGAGCCUAUUCGCCGGCGCCAUCGUCGUAACCGAGCGUCUGUCACUCAAGACGAUCUCGAGCAGUUCCGCGCUGGUUAUUGGGGCGUCACCCGCGAAGCGUUUCGUGACAUCCAAGCUCAACGUGAAGCACAGGACCAGCUUCCUCUCCUCAAUGCAGCACUAGCAAAUCUGGCGAUGUCGACUCCGAACAACGUAAACGCCCCUGUUACAGCUGCCGGCUCUGGACCCGGUUUUGCCAACCUCUACGAGAGCAUCCCCUCCAACAUGCCGAAUAUUCCGCGCCAAAACCAGGCCGCCCCUCCUGCCAGUCCCGCAGGUAGUCAGAACGGCGUGCCCGGGGCAAUGGCGGGAUUGGCCACCGGAAUGCCGAUGAAUGCAGGUCAAGAAAUGGAUCUUAACUACGUGUACCAGAUGAUCACCGAGCUGAGUGAGCUCCUUGCCCACAAUCGCGACACGACGAGGAACAUCAUCAGAGCGAGUGAGGAGAUUGCUAGGCGCGCUGCUAACGAAGGCACCACUCCCAACCUCCAACAAGUUAACGGCGAAAUCACGUCUGCUCGCAUAGCAGAUCUGGAGAACGAGGUAGCCAAGCAGAAGCGGGUCAUCGAUGUCCUCAAAUAUGAGCAAGUGGAAAACAUGAAGUUGAUCGCCGAAUACGAGACCGCUGUGGGAACCAUGACCGAACAGAUUCGCACCUACUGCUGCAACGUCAACGAUCACUUCCUUGCCCAGAAACGUCGUUACAAUGGUCUCCUUCAGGAAGAAAAGGAUGCACAUCUGCAGAGCCGCCUGGAGCGUGACUAUUGGCAUGCUCAAACUUUGCGAUGUGCUGAGAUGAUUCGCACCGCCUAUCGUCUUCGUUGCGAGGAAGAAAUUCUCCCGAUCCGCGUCGUUUCCGGGCUUCAAAACGAGGUGCGCGCCCUUCGUAAUGCAUUGGGCUUGGACCCCGAAAAACCAGAAGAGGAAUAUGGCUGGGAGAUUCUUAAGGACACCCCUCCUGGCGUUGAUUAUGGAACUGGAUCUAUACUCUCCGAGAUGCAUACAUUGCUUUUAUCAGUUCAAUGGCGGCGUUUUAAGGUUUAUGCCACAUCAAGUAGAUACCCCUGGAGCAUGAUUGGUCGGCGGUAA